UGUUUGCUUAGUCCCUCUGAGAAGAGACAAGGUGCUUGGACCGCCUCUUGUUUGCUUCUUCAGAAAAAUGUGGAUAGGAUUUGUGAUGCAGAAAAGCUUAAAGAAAAAAGGAUAAUCAUUCUGUGUGGUGGAAAGUUUGGGGGGAAAAACCAUUGAUUUCUUCAAACAAGGUACUAUUUUGAUAUUUAUGGGGAUUGCUGUUCUCACUAUGAAGGCAUCCAUUAUUGAAGUGCUCGUUGUUUUGCUGGUGACUGGAAUAUAUUCAACGAAUAUAUUGACGAAGAAGGUCAAAAGACCCAAAUUCACUGUGCCUCGGAUCAACUGUGAUGUCAAAGCUGGAAAAAUCAUCAAUCCUGAGUUCAUGGUGAAAUGUCCAGCAGGAUGCCAAGACCCCAAAUACCACGUUUACGGUACAGGUGUCUACGCAUCUUACUCCAGCGUGUGUGGUGCCGCGGUUCACAGCGGUGUGCUUGAUAAUUCAGGAGGGAAGAUACUUAUUCGGAAAGUUGCUGGACAGUCUGGCUACAAAGGGACUUACUCCAAUGGUGUCCAGUCCUUAUCCUUGCCCCGAUGGAGAGAAUCCUUCAUUGUUUCAGAAAGUAAACCCCAAAAGGGUGUAACCUACCCAUCGACCCUUACAUAUUCAUCAUCCAAAAAUCCAGCGGCCAGAGCAGAUGAGACCACAAAAGACUACGAGAAGUCAUCUAUUCCAGCGACAACUACAUGGCCAAUCACUCUGACACAGGGUCCAGCUAUCCCAGUAGCUGAGGUAACCCACAGAGUCCUGCCAAAGCCAUUUCCAUUUGCAGCCACAGUCACCAGUAGCCCCAGACCCCAUCCUAUGGGCCUCAGGAGCCAGGAGAUGGAUCUGUGGUCUACCACCACCCACACAAGAAGCCAACGCGGCCCUGGCGCCCAUCCAGGAGAGAUGGAUGUGUGGAAGCCUGGACCAGCCCUUUUAGAUUCAGGAUUUGUUCCAAAAGAAGAACUCAGCACACAGUCUUCGGAGCCAGUAUCCCAGGGAGAUCCAAACUGCAAAGUUGACUUGUCAUUUUUAAUUGAUGGGAGCUCCAGCAUCGGUAAACGUCGAUUCCAAAUCCAGAAGCAGUUCCUGGCUGACGUUGUCCAGGCUCUUGACAUUGGCCCUGCAGGUCCGCUAAUGGGUAUUGUUCAGUAUGGAGACAACCCUGCUACCCAGUUUAACCUCAAAACUCACAUGAAUUCACAAGAUCUAAAGACAGCUAUAGAGAAAAUUACCCAGAGAGGAGGCCUUUCUAAUGUAGGCCGAGCCAUCUCCUUUGUGACUAAGAACUUCUUUUCCAAAGCAAAUGGAAACAGAGGUGGUGCUCCCAAUGUGGCUGUGGUCAUGGUAGAUGGCUGGCCCACAGAUAAAGUGGAGGAGACUGCAAGAGUUGCAAGAGAGUCGGGAAUCAACAUCUUCUUCAUCACCAUUGAAGGUGCUGCUGAAAAGGAGAAGCAGUAUGUGCUGGAGCCCAACUUUGCCAACAAGGCUGUGUGCAGAACAAAUGGCUUCUAUUCGUUCAACGUGCAAAGCUGGCUCAGCCUCCACAAGACAGUGCAGCCCCUGGUGAAGCGGGUCUGCGACACAGAUCGCCUGACCUGCAGCAAGACCUGUUUAAACUCAGCAGAUAUCGGCUUUGUCAUUGAUGGCUCCAGCAGCGUGGGGACAGGCAACUUCCGGACGGUCCUGCAGUUUGUGGCCAACAUCAGCAAGGAGUUUGAGAUUUCAGACACAGACACGCGCAUCGGGGCCGUGCAGUACACCUACGAGCAGCGGCUGGAAUUUGGGUUCGACAAGCAUAGCACAAAGACUGACGUCCUCAGUGCCAUCAAGAGGGUGGGGUACUGGAGUGGAGGCACCAGCACCGGGGCUGCCAUCCAGUAUGCCCUCGAACAGCUCUUCAAGAAGUCCAAGCCCAACAAGAGGAAGUUAAUGAUCCUUAUCACGGAUGGCAAGUCCUACGACGAUGUGCGGAUACCAGCCAUAGCCGCCCACCAGAAAGGAGUGAUCACCUAUGCAAUAGGUGUUGCAUGGGCUGCCCAGGACGAGCUGGAGGUCAUUGCCACUCACCCUGCCAGGGACCACUCCUUCUUCGUGGAAGAGUUUGACAACCUCUACAAAUCUGUCCCCAGGAUCAUCCAGAACAUUUGUACAGAGUUCAACUCACAGCCUCGGAAUUGAGUUUGGAGUUGGCAGAGAAUGUUAAACGCUGCCUUACUGACUCUUGGGACUGUCCCAGGCUUUCUGAGGCACACAGAGGGUCAUGGCUUGGGUGGGGCUUGGGAAAACAUGUAUUAUUACUACUCUUUGCCAUUGGUGAUUUUCAUGCUUCAAAACUUGUAGUUAGGAAGAUGAUCACCAGUUCACAGGUUGGGUUAAAAUAGCACAUCGCUUUGAGCAUCUGAGGAUUUCGCAUUUUGACAAUUGUUUUCGAAAUACAUGCCCAGAAGAGCGGCUCUCACGAAAAGUUUAAUUGGAGCUUUUGUGAGAAGUUAUGUUUUUAUUUCUCAUUAGAACUUGUCAUC